GCCUCCAACACCAGCGACGACCGCGCUCGUUCGCUUCGACAGGUUCGCGCAUUAUUUUCAGCGAAGGAUUUUGAAGAAACAAAGACCGCCGAUCAAAGGUUCACAUGGAGAAGAUUACUGGUAUGUAACAGGUGUGCAUUGCGUAGUCAGCCAGGUUGUAUCGUUUCGUAGUUGGAAACGUUUGUGUUAUGAAUCCAGACUCCUCGAGUCAUCAGUCCCUUAAGGUUCCGUCAGUUCGAAGAUGAAUAGUGAAAUUUGUCGGACGAUUAUACUAUUCGCGAUUUUUGGAUCGCUUUUGUGCCUCGAAGAAAUCGUGGAAGAAUAUGAGAGCUCGAAGAUUGGUGAAAAAUGCGAAAGGGACCGCAAUUGCAUCAGGAACGCCUACUGUAGGGCGCAAAUGACCUGCCUCUGUGAUCCGUAUUACUCACCGACCCCCGAUAAGUCGACGUGCAUCGCCAGUGCGGGAUUGAGUUGUUUUAACGAUGUUACUUGUCAAACGAUGUCGAACGCGGAAUGCAAACAAGGAGUGUGCACUUGCAAAGAUUCCUACAUUUUGGACAUCAACAAUUCAUCGAAUUGUAUCAGAAGACCGUCGAAGGUAAACGAUCAUUGUCAGAGGAACGACGAUUGUCAAGACGCUCUUGGCCGUGCAAUGUGCAUCAACGAACGUUGUCAAUGCAUCACAUCCUAUCAUUUUGUCAACGAGACUGGUCAAUGCGUUCAAGCACGAUUUUUGUACCACCCGUGCACGAGGGAUUAUGAGUGCGUCAGCGUCGACGAUGAAUACGUCCUUCAGUGUAAAAACGGUGAAUGCGUUUGCAAGGAAGGCGAGGCUGGUUGUAGUAAAGGUUCUUCGUACGCGGUUACUGGAAUCCUUGCGAUGCUUUCGGUGCUUCUACAGAGAUUGAUUUAGGACCAGCAAAGUUUACUUCCUCAAAUUUCUUCAUUCUUUUCCCAGUGAUUUACACAGGAAACAAACUGAAAAAGAGCCUUCUAAAUCAACGUAUUAAUUGUUUGACAAACUUGUAUUCAUAAAUUUGUAUUUUAAAAAGACUCGUAAAUGAAAAUUUUUUUAAUUCGA